AUGGCAAGCGACAUGUUUGCCUGCUACUUGGGGAGCAGCCUGCCUGGGGCCGCUGCAUUUAGGCAAAGUAGGAGGCCUGCCCGGGGGGUGGUAGUCAUGGGGGUGCCGGAGCAGGUAGCCAAGGGGUACGCUCAGGCUUUGAUGGAGCUGGCUCAGAGCAAAUCCUGUCUGGAGCCGAUCCAUGCCGACAUGGAAAAGUUAGAGGCCCUGAUAGAGAACCAAGAUGUUGUCAACUUCCUGUAUGACCCCGUCGCUGACAUUGGCAAGAAGCAGAAGUUGCUCGCCACGCUCGGCAAUGACGGCGGGUUCAAUAAGUACACCAUCAACUUCCUCAACCUCCUCAUUGAAAAGAAGCGCAUCAACACAAUUGCAUAUGUCAUCAAGGCCUUUGACGACUUGUACAAUGAUAAGACCCAGACACAGGUAGCGACCGUUGUGUCGGCUGUCAAGCUCGAAAACGCACAGCAAGCCCUCAUUGCCAAGAAGCUGCAAACGCUAACAGGGGCCAAGAACAUCAAGUUGAAGAACGAGGUGGAUCCCGAGUUGAUCGCAGGGUUCGUGCUCAAGUACGGUAAGGGGCAGUCAGAGGAGAUUGACUUCAGCGUCAGGGGUCAAUUAGAAAAGUUGAGGAUGGAAUUUGAGAGUGGGCUAGGAGCGGCAGCCGAGGAGGCAGAGGAGAAGGUUGCGGCAUAAUCGGGCAGACGGCAUACAUGUAAGAACAGCCAUUGUUGUGGCGGAUUCACAUCUGAGCUACUGCUGGAGUAGAUACUGCUGAGUAGACCAAGCACAUUCUUAUGGCUGAUGGCCGUGAUGUAGAACAAGGUGGCACGAACCUCACAGUCCUGAUGUUCCUCCACCUUGAUUCAGAGGUACUCAGGUGCAGCAAUUAUGGUUAGGACAGACAAUGCACUAAUCUUGAUAGACGAUCUGGACUGGAUGCUUCUGGAAAACCCUCAAUCUGGAGGAAUAAUUGAAUAACGGCUUUUUUGCUCCUCACUUCCAGACUUGCCUUGUCCCUCUGUCGG